GACAUAAAGUCACGGAAGAAAAGCACAUGCGUAAUCAAAGGCAGAUUUAUCCUCUGGCCCCAUCUAUCUUCUCUCUUCUUCGCAUUCUCCAAUGCUUUUUCCCCAUUUUCCUCAACUCUCGCCGUCAUUCCCGCUCUCAAACCACCAAAAAGGGGACCUUCCUGCACUAGGUUACUCCACUCUUCGCAUUCUCCUAAUGUUUCCUUUCUUUUGAUUCAUUUCCCCCCAUUUUCUCCGAUCAAAAUAAAAAAUCGGAGCUUUGAUCUGCAUUAAAGAACUACUGUACCUACUCCGUUGAUUUGUAAGUCAUUGAUUCUUGUUUAGAUCUGGGGAUUGAUUAGCAAUGGAGAAAAAACAGUUGCAUUUAGAUAGGCCAUUGUUAUCUGUGAGGCGUAUACCUUCGCAACUGCCAGAUGAAUGGGGCACCAAGAAGAAUAUUCCCCCCAGACUAAAUUCUGCUCCUUUGUACACGCCUGAAAAAGAUUUAACUCGGGUUUCCAAGCCAGGGGCUGUCCCUUUUUUCUGGGAAAAGAUUCCUGGAAGACCCAAAGAAGAACAGGAAGCUGUUGAGUCUGAGUCGCCGGUUGAGUCUGCAAGUACUCCAAGAUUACUGGAUGAAAGGAAUCUAAUGAAGAAGAAGUCACAAGUUGCAGCAACUUCUCCAUAUGAUUCCAAUCAAGAAAGUGCAGAUGAAAUGUAUUCUGAUGCACUUGAGACACGUUCCCCAACAGAAUCAUUUUCGUUUGAUUGCAGUUUAAGUGGGUUGAGUGGCAAUGGAAGUGCAGAACCGAGAUCAAGUAGAACUUUUUCAACUGAUUUACAAACUCGAGAUUUCAUGAUGAUGCGAUUCUUACCAGCAGCAAAGGCUAUGGUCAUUGAUCCACCACAGUAUGUUUCUCGAAAGCAUUCUGGACAACUCUCUGGACCACUCGACCAACCCAAACAACCGGAAAAGAUUGCUGAACAAAGAAAACCUUCUCCUCCUACAACUAAACCGAACAAUCCCAACACCAGUUUGCAGAAACAAAAUCAAGAAACAGAGGAUCCAGAAACCGACCACAACGAUGAUGAUGAUAAUUGCAUUGAUUCGAUAAAAAAGCCAGCCAAAUUACGUGGUCUAUUUGCAAAAAUUCGCAAAAUAAAUUCUCUCUGCCUAUUGAAGCAAAUCCCUGGUUUGAAAUCGAGGAAGCAUGUGGUGCCUACUCCUUGUCCUGCCAAAGAAGUUAACAGGAUGUCUAGAACCACACACAGUGGACCAUUACCUCUGUUGUCUGAUAAGAAUUCAUUGAAUACGGGUAAUGUGCAAAAGAUGAGACCUGGAUCAAAAUCACAGGAAUUUCCAAUACCAAAGAAGAAUCCAUCUUCUGGAUCCAAUCGAUUGAAUCUCUCAGGUGAAUUACAGACAAGAGUUGGAUCAUAUCCAUAUCGAAAUAACGCACAAAGAACAAUAUCUCCAUACAGAAAUCAGAAACCUCCAUCACCAUUUCGUGGUAAUGGAUUCGUUAGCGUGCCUAAAAUUGUUCGUAACUCUGAAGUUAACACCUUUAAAAACCUUCAACCAUCUGCUCCAAUAACUCCAAACAUCACAAACUCGAUAAUGCAUUCUUACCCCAAAGUUUUUUCAUCGUUAGAGGAUGAAGAAUCUAUUGAUGAAGCUAUCAUGGCAGAAAUAUUUUAUCAAGAUCGUAGCAUAAAGUCUAGAGCUGCAAGCCUGCAAUUAGGUUCCUCCGGUAUUCCAGAGGAGGUACAGACUGUUGUUGUAGAGUCCAGGUCAGAACUUACACCUCCAUUGCCGAAAUCACCAUCUGAAUCUUGGCUAUGGCGGACAAUACCUUCCUUGAAGAGUCCAUUUCAGUCUCAUUCCAAAAAACAGAAAGAUAAUGUGGUGUCAAACCCCAAUAGCAAGUGGGAAACUAUUGUUAAAACAUCUAACAAACAACAUGAUCAUGUCCGCUAUUCUGAGGAGUUAAUUCCUCGCAUUUCUCAACACUCCAAAGCUUAAAAGGACUAUCUCUGUUUUGCAUUUCUGGAAGGUGUGUUGCUUGUUUGUGUGUGUGUUUAUGUGUAUGUGUGUGUGUUCUUAUUUGUGGUUUGGUCAUUUCUGUAAAUUAGGUGGGGGAAAUUCUCUCCUUCACAACUAAGACAGGUAGAGAAACAGAUCAUUCUGAACAAACAAUCACAAUGAGAGAAAUUUGUUUUCAUUGUAAUACUAAUCAAACAUCUUGCUUGAUCAAGUAUUCAAGUCCAAGAUAUGCUGUAGCAAUUUUUAUGAUUCUCAGCUUUCUUGAGGAAAUAUGUUUUUGUUUUGCAUGACA